AUCUUUUCCAACAACAAAAAAUAUAUAUAAAUUAAACUAAUUAAAAAUGAAAGCCUUUGUAGUGGCCAGUAUUUGUUUGUUCAGUGUGUUGAGUGUGGGUUUGGCCCAAUUCUCCAAUGGUCGUGUACUCGAUCCUCCCAAUCCACAAUUGUGUGCUCAAAGAGUUAUUCACGAAAAGACACCCGAUGGCAAAGGUUACUUCUUCUCAUGGCGCGACCCUGCCUUGAAGGGUGUCGAAGAGGACUGGUUGAGUGCCAGAAACUAUUGUCGCAGACGUUGCAUGGACUCAGUAUCUUUGGAAACUAGCUUGGAAAACGAAUGGAUUAAGCAACGUGUUGUCGGUGAAAAAGUAAAAUACAUCUGGACUUCUGGUCGCCAAUGUGACUUCAAGGGUUGCGAACGCUCCGAUUUACAGCCCACCAAUGUCAACGGCUGGUUCUGGACUGCUACUUUGCAAAAACUUGCCCCCACCAGCGAACGCAGCCAAGGUGAUUGGUCUCCCACCGGUGGUAUUGGUCUACCUCAACCCGAUAACCGUGAAUUCAAACAAAACGGUGCUCCCGAAAACUGUUUGGCUCUCUUGAAUCAAUUCUACAACGAUGGCGUCAACUGGCAUGAUGUUGCCUGCCACCACAAGAAAUCCUUCGUUUGCGAAGAAAACGAUGCUCUCUUGAAAUAUGUUCGUUACACCAAUCCCCAAUUACGUAUUUAAAUUGGCUACCUCUAACCAAGUCACAAAAUCCUUAUUAAAAGAAUUAUAAAAAAAUUCAAAUUUGUGUUCGAAAUACACACACGCGCAACUUUUAGAAACCAAAUAUAUUUAAAUUUUGUUCUUCCUUCUUUUUCGCUUUUUUCCAAAAAAAAAAUUCAACAAAAAAUAUUGAUUUUUUAUAUUCUUUAAUACUUUGACUAUUUUUCUAAAACAAAAAGAUCAUAUUUUCCAAGUAUGUGUCUUUUGUUGUUAAAAUGAUUUACUGUAUCGUUUUUUUUAAAUCUAUCACUGUCUAUUCUAUUCACACUUAAUUAGUUUAAUUUUUUUUUAAUUUUUGUAUUAAUUUAUGUUAAAAAAUAAAAUAAAAAACCAAACAAAUGAAAAAAAAAUACUAAAAACAAAAA